AGAUACAUACAAAUGGAUACACAUACAUGCGUGCAAAUUAUGUAUGUUUUGUGUAUAUUUAAAUUUACAUACUUCACUUGUAGAACUUGCGAUUGGUCUUAUGGGAUAAUAGAGUAUAACAGCGCCUGCCAUUGGUUGAUUUUGGGGGUGGAUAUAUACACAUACGCUUGUUCAAGCUCUAGCUUCGACCAAUUCGCAUGCAAAGAAAAAAUUUUGUGUUUCUCUCAGUUGCAUAUUAACCAGCAGACAAGUUUUCUGUUUAGUUUCAACCGCAACAAAAAAAAACCCAAUAAACGCUAAAGUAAAAUACAUCUCAAUCGAGCUGAAAGCAAUUUUUUCAAAAAAAUGUCAAAAUAUUCCAACUGUGUCGGUCAAAAAUCAAUUUACUACAGCACAGUAUACAACGGAUCUGCUGUUUUGGAUAUAAAAUGCUCUAAAAACAAUGUUCAGGAGCAACGAUAUAUACCAAUAAAUCCCUAUGGUCUAAUGGCAACUCCAAAUGUUCGGACCAUAAAAAAACGAAAUACAGCGAAUAAAAAAGAGCGAAGACGAACACAAAGUAUAAACAAUGCUUUUUCAUACCUUCGUGAAAAAAUUCCAAAUGUUCCAUCAGAUACGAAAUUAUCAAAGAAUGUUCGAGUACCCACUAAUGGACGAACAGGUUGGCCACAGGAUGUUUGGGCAUCUGAACUUAAUCCCGAUCAAAACUAAACUUCACUAUACUAAAUUAAAGAAAAAGAAUAAAAAGCAUAUACAUUUUUUAUUGAAAACUCGGUGAUAGAUUCGCAUAAUAGCAAUUUCUCACAGAGCACAUCUAGCGGGAACGGUGGGAAUGGGAUCCACCAUCCAAAAAAAACAGCUGAGACAAAAUUAAAAAUAAAAUUGUGCGAUUGUAAAUUAGCAAGUUAAUAUGGAUUAAUAACCGAUUGUUUUAACUAUGAUUCAACAACAAAAAAUGUUGUUGCUAAAACUGUUGUUGGCGUUGAACACAAAGCAAACAAGCCUAAAUGAAUUCGACGAGGAAGAGUUUUUUGAGAUGAUAAAUUUAUUUAACACAAAACUGAAUAGAAGUGUUUUUGACGGUUGAAAAUAAUAGUUGUAAUCCAAGUGAAAUUGUAAGUAUGUUCUGCUCCAUGUUAUGGAUGCGGAAAGAUCCCAGGAAUCAGUUUAGCUUCUCAAAAAGCUGACAUCCAUGGACCUUCAUGGACUGGACCAUUUUCAUAUAUCCAUAGGAAUUUUUGCGAGUCUACGAGCAAGCUCUGCAUUUUGGCAAACCACUUCAUCCUGCCGCCUGUUCUUAUCUUCUUUGGCUCAAUGUGUAUUAAUAUUUUUGUGA